AAUACUUAAAGAUCUGUCAAACUAAUUUUUAGAUUACCGAUGAAUACAACUAUUUCAACUGAUAAAAUGAUUAAAAAGACAUGUUGAUGGAUUUGUUUCAUUAUUAUUGCUAGUUUUAUUUUUUAAUGUCAUUAUUCGUGUUUAGGAAAUAAACCAAUAUAUGAUUUAAAAAUGGAGCUUUUGGAAAAUGGGUUUGAUAAUUCGGAUCACAUAGCACGUCUUUUGUUUGAACCUCCAGUAAGACCAAUUUCUAGUUUCAGCAUAAUAUCUAUUUCAUCGAAUGAGGAAAAUGAUCCAAAAUGUUUGAGUUCAAAUUUAGUUAAGAAAAAAAAAAAGCAAAAAAAGAAAACUAAAGCUCAAUCUUCUGAGGAAGCAAAAGAAUCUAAUAUCACCAAAAAUCAAACCAAUAAGAAGAAACAUAAAAGUUCUAAAAAAGAACGAAAAAGAAAUAAAAGUGUUGCAAAUUCACAAAACUUAAUAUGUAAUACUAUAAAGGCAGAUCCUGAAGACUCUGAAGAAAUUUGUCAAAAUAAAAAGGAACAGCAAGAUUGUAAUACUACCGAUGUGUUGCAAGCGACACCAGAGGAGAAAUAUAUUGUUUCAAUAGAUAAAAUAACCAAUAUAUUAAGUUCAAUCAGCUACUUGAAGAAAGAUAAAAUUAAGUAUGUUGAAUUUGGAUCAUUUCCGCAAUUAUUGAGUGUACUAAUACCUAAUAGUUUUGAUUACUGUUGGUCUGAAACUGCAGACAAGUUUGCCAGUCUGUGCAAUUUAGAAAUAAGAUAUUCAAUGAUGACAUACUACAAAAUCAUAUAA